AGAUGUGAGGUAACUCGAGGCGUUCGGUAGUCGACGGAUCGUGUGCUUCUAACAAACGUUGACUCGGUCAAUGGGCGAGCGGUGCUGUCUAGAGAUGAACUAAUUCGCAUUGUAUGGACAAAAAUAAUACAAAUCACCGCUAUAGAGUCACGCGCCGUUCUACGGAGAGCAUCUAGCUAACCGAUUGCGAAAUCUUGGUGCUAUAUAGUUUAAAACAACCUCUGCUUACGUUCUAAUUAAGGCACGCCGAACCCGCACAGGGUCUGGGCCUGGGGUUCGGGUUCGGACGACCGCCUUCUCUGACAUUGGGCCAUUUUGGCUAACCCACUCGGUUUCCUCUAUUUAGCGACGGUCAUACCUAAGACGACGCGGAAAUUUUAUUGUCAAGUGUCACUAGUUUGUUGAAUAACAUUCCCGGAAAAAGGCGGUUCAGGUGUGAUUAAGUAUUUGAAACAAUCAUCAUAAAUUUGCAUACGCCGUAGUGACGUGGAUGUCCUGUCCCAGACGAGACCAGGCCGUCGUAUUUACUUCAUCGAGUGAUUCGCAAAAUAAAGAGAGAAAAAUUGUACGAAUUCCCGAAGAAUGUCACCGAUCGUUCAUAACUAAAUAAUAAUUUCAGAUCGAUCAUUCGGUGUUAACAGUUUGAUAAGUGCCUUUGAAAUAUCAGUCGUCCCCAAAGAGUUAUCGAUUAAUCUCCUCCGCAAAUCAACCUAUUUCUUCUCCCGGUCCUCGAGAUCCCGUUUAUUUUUGCGCGAGUAUCGCCGUUGAUCGAAUAAGCGAUUUGUGUUCCGCAUAAAGUUAAGUGUCGACUAUGAUUUCGCAAUCGUUCAACACGAUCGAGCGAGGCCACCCUCGAUUCAAACGAAAGUGAGAUAUUAAAAUUCGAGAGCCCGUGGGGUACUCGAAGGGGGCGGGGAACGGGGUGUUGGCAACGGUAACUGUGGCAAGUCGAUAGCAAAAAGCAAUUCGGUACCAGGUCCAUACCGAACCAGGAAAUUCACAUCUGACGCUGAAUUACGUGCGAUAAACCGAUUGUUUUAUUCCUACUGUUGUACGCCGGUCAAAGAUCGUAUUCAUCGGGGUGAUGAAUGAAAUUGCAGCGGAUAAAAUCGAAGAUAGAAUUAGAUUUUCGAAUUAGAAAAAUCGGUGGAGCUUUAAAACUUCCUGGAUAUCUAACAAAUGAAUAGUUUCAUCAUAUUUUUCGAAUGAAAAUACACAUGUCGCUCGAUUAGCUCAUAGGGUCUCACCUGCAGAAUUUCAACGUAAAAAUCAUAAUUUCGCCGAACGAUAAAACGCGAUCAGAUACGGGGUGCGAACCAAUGAGCGUGGGGAACCGGCGAGCACAAAGACAAAACCCGCGGACCCGACGAAGAACAAGACAUUCUUUAGCUUCACACGCGGGACGGGUUCUUCGUUGGUGUUCCUCAGGAGGAAGAUUGUUUUCAACCGAGGACCGCAGCUGGUCAUCGAAGACCGAAAAAAUCGAAAAAAACAGCCAUGGGGUUCGAUUUCUUGGCAGAUGGAGGCGCCGACUUCGAACAUGCCAUCACCGUCACAGGUUUCGGGAAGUUUCAUUACAUGCUGUUGGCGGUGAGCGGUUUGAUCUACAUGAACACAGCUAUUGGGGUGACGAUUUUAUCAUUCGUUUUACCAGCAGCAGCCUGUGAUUUAGAAAUGGAUUCAACGUCCAAGGGAUAUUUAACCGCUGCGCCCAUGCUGGGUAUGGUAAUCGGAUCGUACCUUUGGGGCUGCUUAGCUGAUACGAAGGGUAGAAAAGUAGUGCUGAUAACGACUUUGUUAAUGGACGGAAUUGUCGGAGUUAUUUCAACCUUCGUGCAGUACUAUUGGGCAUUCUUGUUGCUCCGAUUUUUCAACGGAUUCGCUAUCACCGGCGCAAUGGGGAUCUGCUUUCCGUACCUUGGCGAAUUUCAACCGACGAAAUAUCGAGAGAAAAUCCUCUGCUGGAUGGAAAUAUUUUGGACGAUGGGAGUGGUAGUUUUGCCACUUAUCGCUUGGGGGAUUAUACCACUGGAUGUCACCUAUCAAACGGAAGCAUUUCUCUUCAAGUCCUGGAAUUUAUUCGUCGCGAUAUGCGCCUUGCCGUCCUUGAUGAUCGGUCUCUGGCUCUUCGCCUUCCCCGAGAGUCCGAAGUUCCUCCUGGAAUGUGGCGAGUACGACAAAGCGCUCAAAGUCUUUCAGCAUAUAUACGCGCAGAACACGGGAAACGAUCCUGAAACAUAUCCGGUGAAAUCACUUCUCGAAAAACCAAUUUCAAGGGAAAAAAGUCCCAGGAAACUCAGACUCCACAAACGGAAAGAUCUGAAAGUCCUGUUUUCCGAAGUAUGGGACAUGACCAAGGCCCUGUGCAGGCCUCCCUAUCUUCGGAACACUUUGAUAUCCUGCGCGAUUCAGUUCGGACUCACCAGCAGUUAUUACACAUUAAUGGUCUGGUUCCCAGAGCUCUUUACCAGGUUCGAGGAAUUUUACGAAGAUCACUACGGAGAAGAGGCAUCCGUAUGCAUAGUUUCGUCAUUGGAGGAUAAUUCUACGUUAACUGACCCUUACGGUUGUGAAACUGAGAUUGCCAAUUCCGUAUACUUGAACACACUGUAUAUAGGGAUCGCGUGCUUACCUGGUGCCAUCAUACUUCCUUUAUUCGUUCAUAAGCUGGGAGCAAAGUUCUUCCUAAUCGCCUCACUUCUUAUUUCCGGCGGGGUGACCAUCGGAUUUUACUUCGUAGUUAAUGCUGAUCAGAAUUUGAUUCUUUCGUGCAUUUUCGAAGCGCUUACUUCACUUGGUAUCUCUUUGGUCUACUGUAUAAUCGUCGACUUGUUUCCAACAAAUCUCAGAGUCAUGGCGGCCGCGUUAUCGUUGACCAUGGGUCGACUCGGUUCCCUGAUUGGUAACCUCGUGUUUGGUUACCUAAUCGAUCUCGCGUGCGUUGUGCCAAUCAUUCUUUUCAGCGGCUUCCUCUUCGUUUGUAGUAUUCUUUCGUUCUUCUUACCGAGGACCGGGAAAGAUACCCUGGAUUAAAAAGAGUCCUGCCGCACAACAGAGCGGGUUAGUCUUAUUACCAUCGUCAUCCGUCGUUUGGAGGAUUUCUUUUCUCUCCCUAAGAAAACAUGAGAACGAACAACUCAUUCAAAUUCAUUAAACUUUACCGUCAUCGAACCAUGCGAUAUUUAUUGAGUGUAUAUACGUACCCUGCAGAUACCAAUGAGGAUUUCGACGAUCUGUGAUCAUUUUGGAUACUUCAGGGGUCGAUUGAAGUAUCUUCGCAAUGAUACGCGUACCGUAAUACACGCACAACUUUGUUUUCUGUAUCUAGAUUUAAAAUUAUAAAAUUGCGGUAGUAUGAGGAAUUUGGCAACGCAUACCAAUGCCAACGGCCAUAAAAUGCCAAUCAUCGCUUGGCGAUCAUUGGGACGGCCCGAUCAAGAAUUUCGCUUCAAUACUUAUCGACAAAUGUACAUAAUAGGUAUACGUAUAAGAUUUUCUUCAUUGUCAACGAUCGUGUCAAUCUAUCUUUGGAAUAUUCCACACAUACUGCAUAACAUGAACAAAUUAUUCUUAUUCUUAUUCUUAUUGUUAUUGUUAUCGUUAUUAUCAUUAUUAUUAUUAUUAUUUAUCUUUACAAGUCUGCAAUUAUUUGUAAAUAUAAUAGAAGAUAUAACUAUGUGAUAGUAAUAUUGACACUAGUAUUAUGUAAUAAUGUAUGAUUGUGAUAUUUAUCAAUAAAUAUAUGAUAGACUCUU